CUUCCACCUUCCUCAGGUAUUAACCUUCCCGCCACUGACGGCGUCCAUUAACCACCAACACAGACAGUGAGUGAAAGUGUCUGUGAUAGUGACAGUGACGGCAGCAGAGCAGACGAUACGAUGUCUCUGAAGGCUCUGGAGAAAGGCUGGAAGGCGGCUCUGACCAACAUCCUGGAGCAUCUGACAGACUCCCAGUUCAGCAAGCUGCUCUUCAAACUGGAUAAGAUCCCUCAGGGCAAGAAGGCCGGAAAGGCCCGAGAGCAGAUCCCACAAAUAAUCAUUGAGUACUACGGGCCGGAAGAGUCCAUCUCGGUGAUCAAUAAAGAGAUGAUGCAGAUACCGAGGAAAGACGCAGCCGUCCAGGGUCCACUCAUCCCGUUUGUGAAGAAACUGAAGGAACUACGGCAGAAAAACAAAGCGACAACGAGCAAAUCUGCAGCUGACUCAGGAUCAGCAGCCAAGAAGCGAAAGCUUGCAGCUGAUCAACCGAAGAGCUGCAAAGCUGACAAGACGGAUCCUGCCGGACCUGUGAAACCCAAACAGAAGAAGACAGAGAAGCCGAAUUUGACUCUGAAACCAACCGGAUCCACCAAAACCUCCCAGACGGAUCCUGCCGGACCUGUUAAACCCAAACAGAAGAAGACAGAGAAGCCAAAUUUGACCCUGAAACCAACCGGAUCCACCAAAACCUCCCAGGGUCAAAGUGCAGCUGUCCAGUCGGGGAAAAUGAAAACUGCAGCAGUGAAAAAGGCCAGUAAGAAGAAGGAGUCCAACCUGUAGCUGUAGAUGUCUCCACUCCAACCCGGAAGUUUUCUUCGUGCAUUAAAAAGAUGUAAAAGUUACAUAUAUAUUUGUAAAUGGGGGAACUGGUUGUUUUCUCCUUUGAGCUUUUGUUAAAUAAAGAGUUAACACACA